UUGGUGGAAUAGAAAAAGAACUCUGUAAAACCCUCGAUUCCUCCCUCAUUUCGAGAGCCAUUACUGACAAAGAUGAAAGCUUUUAGAUCUCUACGAAUACUAAUUUCCAUCUCACGAACAGCGACGGCACGUGGCUGUAAACCCCAUCUCCCUCACACCUUCCUCCGCCGGUUCUACUCGGCGCAGCCGAACCUAGACGGAGACGGACCCAUCGGCGACUCUGUUUUCGAUAGCAGUCAAUACUCAAUCCCUGGAACCCAAGAAAAGCAAAAGCAACCUAAUUGGGAUAAAGGGUACAGGGAAAGGGUACAGAGGGAGCUGUUUCCGGAAGACAAGGGUAAAUCGAAAUCUCCAGAAGAAGAAGAGAGUGUUGAUAGGUCAAGGAUUCUAGCGAAGGCUCUCUUGGAGGCGGCGCUUGAGUCAGCUGAUGACGAACUCGGGGAAGGCGAGGUUCGAGAAGAAGAUCAGAAGUCUCUUAACGUCGGCAUCAUCGGCCCUCCAAACGCCGGCAAAUCUUCUUUGACUAAUUUCAUGGUUGGAACUAAGGUAGCAGCUGCUUCCCGGAAGACCAACACGACGACCCAUGAAGUGCUGGGAGUAUUGACUAAAGGAGAUACACAAGUUUGUUUCUUUGAUACUCCGGGUUUGAUGUUGAAGAAAAGCGGAUAUGGUUACAAAGACAUCAAGGCUCGUGUGCAAAAUGCUUGGACUUCUCUUGACCUUUUCGAUGUUCUCAUUGUUAUGUUUGAUGUCCACAGGCAUCUCACCUGUCCGGAUUCAAGAGUUGUACGCUUGAUCACAUACAUGGGAGAGGAAGCAAAUCCGAAACAAAAACGCAUUUUAUGUAUGAACAAAGUUGAUUUGGUUGAGAAGAAGAAAGAUCUCUUAAAGGUUGCUGAGGAGUUCCAAAAUCUCCCUGCAUAUGAAAGGUACUUCAUGAUAUCAGGGCUUAAGGGAUCUGGAGUUAAGGAUCUCAGCCAGUAUUUAAUGGAUCAGGCAGUAAAGAAGCCAUGGGAGGAAGAUCCAUUCACCAUGAGUGAAGAAGUCAUGAAGAACAUCUCUCUUGAAGUUGUUAGGGAGAGAUUACUAGACCAUGUUCAUCAGGAAGUACCAUAUGGCGUGGAGCACCGUCUAGUGGACUGGAGAGAGCAGCGAGACGGGUCUUUGAGGAUUGAACAGCAUCUCAUCACUCCUAAACUUAGCCAACGCAAGAUUCUUGUGGGCAAGGGAGGUGCUAAAGUCGGGAGGAUAGGAAUAGAGGCAAACGAAGAACUUAGGAGAAUAAUGAACCGCAAAGUUCAUCUCAUUCUCAAGGUGUUGCUCAAGUGAAAACCGUUCUCUGAAGACCUUUAGUUUUUUGAGUUUUGAUUGGUUUACAGAAAUCGUUUGUACACGGUUUUGAUAUCUGUCUGUAUAUUUGAUGUUGUCAAAGAUUAGACAUUGACAUUAGAAAUAUAAUCUUAU